AUGCCGUCUGAGGUGUGCCUCAGUAUUCAAGAUAUGCUGACUGGCCAGAGGCUCUGCCAGUCCAGCUCUCAUAAUGAUGCUGUCUUGGCUGCCCUCAACCAGCAAAGAAGUGACGGAAUCCUCUGUGAUAUAACACUUGUUGCAGAGGAACAGAAAUUCCAUGCCCACAAGGCAGUGCUGGCAGCAUGCAGUGACUACUUCAGAGCAAUGUUCAGUCUUUGUAUGGUUGAAAGUGGAGCAGAUGAGGUGAAUUUACACGGCAUCACAAGCAUAGGUUUGAAGCAAGCUCUGGAAUUUGCAUACACUGGGCAGAUUUUCUUGGAGCCAGGAGUGAUCCCAGAUGUGCUUGCUGCAGGCAGUCAUCUGCAGUUGCUAGAGCUACUUAGUUUAUGCUCUCACUAUCUCAUCCAGGAGUUAAAUAGUUUUAAUUAUUUGGACCUGUACAAGCUUGCUGACCUGUUUAACCUCACUUUGCUGGAGAAAGCUGUGGUUGACUUUCUAGUGAAACAUCUCUCUGAACUGCUGAAAAGUCACCCUGAAGAAGUCUUAUCGCUGCCAUACUGUCUCAUCCGAGAGGUCUUGAAGAGUGACCGCCUCACGUCACUCAGUGAAGAGCAAAUCUGGCAGCUAGCAGUCAGGUGGUUGGAACACAACUGCCGCUAUCAAUACAUGGAUGAACUUCUCCAGUAUGUCCGGUUUGGGCUUAUGGACGUAGAUACUUUGCAUACUGUAGCCCUUUCUCACCCUCUUAUCCAAGCUAGUGAAACGGCAACAGGACUUAUCAACGAGGCCUUGGCAUACCAUCAAAGCAUCUACGCACAGCCAAUUUGGCAGACCAAAAGGACCAAGCCUCGCUUCCAGUCGGACACACUCUACAUCAUUGGUGGUAAAAAACGGGAGAUUUGUAAAGUUAAAGAACUCCGAUACUUCAAUCCUGUGGACCAAGAGAAUGUUCACAUAGCAGGGAUUGCAAACUGGAGUGAACUGGCUCCAAUGCCAGUAGGAAGAAGCCACCACUGUGUAGCUGUAAUGGGAGAUUUUCUCUUUGUAGCAGGAGGUGAAGUUGAGCAUGCUACUGGCCGCACUUGUGCAGUACGGACUGCCUGCAGAUACGAUCCGCGCAAUAAUUCCUGGGCUGAAAUAGCUCCAAUGAAGAAUUGCCGGGAACAUUUUGUGUUGGGAGCUGUGGAUGAGUAUCUCUAUGCAGUAGGUGGUAGAAAUGAACUCCGACAAGUUUUGCCUACAGUUGAGCGCUAUUGUCCCAAGAAGAACAAGUGGACUUUUGUUCAGUCCUUUGACCGAUCCCUUUCCUGUCAUGCAGGAUCUGUUGUGGAUGGUCUUCUAUGGAUAUCAGGAGGAGUAACAAAUACAGCACAGUAUCAGAACAGGCUAAUGGUGUAUGAUCCUACACAAAAUAAAUGGCUAAGCCGCAGCCCCAUGUUGCAGAGGAGAGUGUACCAUUCCAUGGCUGCUGUUCAAAGGAAGCUGUAUGUUUUAGGUGGCAACGACCUGGACUAUAACAAUGAUCGCAUUCUUGUACGGCACAUAGAUUCCUACAAUGUAGACAGUGACCAGUGGACUCGCUGCAGCUUCAGUAUGUUAACAGGCCAAAAUGAAUCUGGAGUUGCUGUUCACAAUGGCAGAAUAUAUUUAGUUGGUGGCUACUCCAUUUGGACAAAUGAGCCUUUGGCAUGUAUUCAGGUGCUGGAUGUUAGCAGGGAAGGAAAAGAAGAAGUUUUCUAUGGGCCCACUUUGCCUUUUGCUUCUAAUGGAAUAGCAGCCUGCUUCCUUCCGGCUCCCUACUCCACAUGCCCAAACCUGCAGCCUCUGCAAGUGCCUCAUCACAAGAUUGGCACUGUGUGA